AACCGGAGAUCAUAGACGCAUCUUAUAAUUGUUAGCGCAGCUCCAAGGAAUGCUUCAGCAGACUAUCGGCGGCAGUUCCUUCCGAUCGCUAGACCGCGAGAGAGAUCAAGAGAAGCGAUCUUUCGUUUGAAAUCCUUCGUAUACCUACCAGGCACGUCGGGGAAUGGUCAGCCUCGUACGUGAUCAGCCGAACACUUCUGGAAGCGGCGCCGUAUUUUUCGCCGCUUCUAUGAACAUGGACGACGACGAAUAUCUACAACCAGUUAUCACCUCGCAGGAGGACGACAACUUUCACAAAUUGGACACGAUCCCGUACACGUUCGUCGCCCUCCUAUUUGGCGUUGCCUUGGAAAUAACUGGCAUAGCCUUUGUUUCGUUGUGGCCUGAGGAAGAAAACAAAUGCGACACAUAUUUCGUACUGUUGUAUCUCCAUUGCGCCUACUGGCUCCUGGUAAUGCUACUCGAUCAUAUUCUCAAAUUGAAACAUCAUCAUUUGAGGAUAAGCGGCUACUUGGACUUCUAUCAGUCGACCUACCAGCACAUAAGGGCUCCGUUCUUCGUCGCCUCACUUUGGAACGCCGCUUACCUUUUGCUCGCAACAAUCUUACAUCACACGCACAAGAUGGACUAUGAGAAAUACUGCAGAGCUUCGGAGUGGCUUACGCCGAUGAACUACAUAUUGCUUCUCACCACCUUGGAACUUUCGAUAAUCGUCCCUGUCUAUGUCAAUUAUAUCAGACGAGUUAGACGCUUUAAUCGAUUGAGACCACCUCCGGACGUUACCCGCGAGGAAUGGCUGUCGUCGUUCACUCAAGACUCGUACGCCGGUGGCGGGGAGGUCGGCUAUCAGCAGAAGGGAUCGAACUUGGCUGAAUUACUCGAGAAACAAGCAGAUCUGAUUAGGUACUUGCGCGAUCAUAAUGUUAAACUGAGUCAUAGGAUGAUGCUGCUCGCGGACCAAAGGAGACCAAGAGAGCCGUAGUUGGCAAUUUGUUUCUUCCUCGAGACGCGGUCGUAUGAUAUGAUAUUUGACGAGAUCAUAUAACUUCGUUGCUUGUAUACCGAUAACGAAACAUUGUUUUUCAACAAAAAUCUCCACCUCUUCUGUAGCACUGAGCGUUCGCCGCCGACAAACGGAUUGUCGGCAGCAGGUGCACGUUGUUACCGACUGUUGGGUAAAUGAACUUACUCAGCUUUGUCGCAAAUUUGCUGAAUAAUUUUUUAGCGAUGGCGGUAAAUUUCCAUCGGAGUGUUCCAAUAUCUUCUUCGAUAUAUCGUUGGUUCUAAGAAGAUCGCAUCAAUAUCGAUCCCCUACUUCUUUCCCCCAAGUUAUUGUUGCCGCUCGUGUGAGAACUGUAAGUGUCAAACGUUCUGCGGCUACUUUGUCCUGACAAUUUAUCGUCACUGUAAAGAUCUCCUGAUAUUUAAUUGUUACUAAUUAACCGGAUUGAUUGAUUAUAGUAACUUUUUCUUCCUGCUUUGCUUUGAGUUUCAUAGGUCUUCUGCAUAGUUCUUCGAGUGGGAAAUUCGUGACAACGAUUAGUCAACAAUUUUUUAUGUGUGAUCAGAUAAUAAUAAUAAUGUUAUUCAAAAUCGAUGUGGUUUUUUGUUUCGAGGGCGCUAUAAUGGUCAUAACGCCCAAGAAUAUAAAAUACUAAGAAUAAGAGAUUACUGUGAUAUCACCGUAAAUGUAAAUUUUACCAGUUUAAUAAACUACCUAUCUAUAUUUUGAA